CCCUGCUCUAACUUCCAUCUGCAUUCCGUAGAGCACGUCGGAGAUGGCCUCGUAUUCAAACAAGUUGACUAAGGACUAUGUAUACCAAAUCACCUUUAUAAUAUGGAACAAGCCACUCGCUAAGCUCAUGCUUCUCUGGAUUGUAGGCCAGUUAAUUUUGAGAGCGGAUUCAACUGCUGCAGAGGUCCUUGUCCUCGUCACAAAUCUCAGCAGCGUCCAUUUUAUGCAUGAAAACCGAAAGAAGGCCAAUAAAAAGGCUGCAAAAAUCGAAAAAUUUGCGCAUAAACUAGUAAAUUUCACCUCGGAUAUGGAGGAUCGGCGUGUCUUAUUUGAAGCAGAUGCUCUCUCGAAUGUUGAAGUGAUCCGACUUUGCUCGGCGGCUGUCAUUAUGCAUUGUCUCGAGCUUAAGCAGGAAUCAGAAGUGCUGCACUCCGUUGCGCUGCAAGCUUCGACGUCCUCGCACCAGCUCGAUAUGAUGAAACAGAAGUUGCAGCUGCAGGGAAUGAAGAUAGAAAAUCUCAUGGAUUUCUAUAGAGAGUAUAGGAUAUCACUCCUAGAAAUUUUGUCAGGAGUCCAGCUCGCAGAGACCCCUCAGGAAUGGGUGGCUCGUACGAACAAGAUGUUUGCCUCUGGUUGA